UGCCUUCUGUUUCUCCACCCUCGCUAUGACAUCAACCCACAAUGCACCGCGCUGUUUGCCGUUUACUCCCCGUCUCCGUGGCGACAGCAACGAGCGCGGCCCCUUAUGCAAACCAAACCGGAAGAGGACGUCAUCGUUGGCCAAUCUCAGCGCUUUAAAGUGACAUAAUGGAAUUUUUAGGAAUAGAAAACUUGCAAAUGCGUACCGACGCCCACAGAUAACACCUCUCUCGCGCGGGAGAAGAAAGGAUAUCAUAAAACAACAUCAUACAUCGAUUAAAAAAAAUAAAAACAUUAGCAGCUAAGCCCUCUGUAGGGUGUAGAAUGGGAACAAGCCUCUACCCAGACGAGGAAUAUCACGCAUCAUGAUGAAGAAAGACAUGAGUUUGAACUUAAACGACCAGAACAGCUCCAGCCUGAAGCCCGAUCUGAGGGAUGCUGAAGGGAUCCUCAGUUCCCCCGAGCUGGGGCUCCUGAAACUGGCUUCUCCGGAGCUGGAGAGGCUCAUCAUCCAGGCCAACGGGAUGGUGACCACCUCGCCGAACUCCCAGUUCGUCUACCCGAAGACGGUGAGCGACGAGCAGGAGUUCGCGGAGGGAUUCGUCAAAGCCCUGGAGGACCUUCACAAGCAGAACCAGCUGAGCGGAGGCGCGUGCGUCCCUCCGACGCUCAACAGACUCGCGAGCGGCACGGAUCUGCCCGUGUACACGAACUUGAGCACGUACGGGAGCACCACGGUGAACUAUUCCACGGACACCAUUCCGUUCCCUCCACCGCCGCCCGCGCAGUCGUCUCUGAAGGACGAGCCGCAGACCGUGCCGGACAUGCAGAGCUUCGGCGACAGUCCUCCGCUGUCCCCCAUCAACAUGGACACACAGGAGCGCAUCAAGGCCGAGCGGAAGAAGCUGCGCAACCGCAUCGCCGCCUCCAAAUGCCGCAAGCGGAAACUGGAGCGGAUAUCCCGGCUGGAAGACAAAGUGAAGAACCUGAAGAGCCAGAACACGGAGCUCGCGUCCACCGCCAACGUGCUGAGAGAACAAGUGGCGCAGUUAAAACAGAGAGUGAUGAACCACGUUAACAACGGGUGCCAGUUACUGCCUAACCAAGUGCAAGCUUAUUAGAAAACAGACUUUAUCUAUCAGUGUUUGGGUGGUUGACGAAUAACAUGCUCUGGUUUGUUAAAUUUCACAUUUCCACAGCAGUGCACGACGUCAAGUGAGCCAAAUAUUAAGGAACUACUUUGAUUAGCAAGUCCACAUCCGCGAGGAAAUAUAGUCCUUGACUUGGCAGAACGUUGCUAGCGAUCGUGCGCUGUUAUUACGGGGUCAGUCUUUAACAAAGGAACUAUAUCUGUUAUUUGUGGUUUAAUAGGAUAUUAUAUGUAUUGAUUGGCCAAGCAGCGUUCCUAAGAUUUUUCUAAAACGUAUUAUGUAUUAGUCCGCCUGUACGUGUGACAGCUGUCAGUCUGCGCGUUCGACUCUUUUAGUUUCGUUUGGAACUAUUUUCGUUUCUUUUAUUCUAAAAAAUGAUUUUUUUUUUAAUUAAACGAUCUUUAAGUACCAUCAACAUUGCUAUACGGUGAAACCAGCGAUUGGUAGCGAGUAAUCAAUCAUCAUUCAGGACCUAAAUUAUAGGCCUAUCUGGUUUGUCAUAUUUUUAAGAAGCGUUCCUAAAGUUCACUGUUUGGAUCAGUCCGCUGUGCGUAACACAAUUGUGUUUUGGUUUCUUUUGGAACUAUUAUCGUUAUUUUAAUACUUUCAUUAAAUUAUUAUAUUAAUUGCAACCAUUCCGAUAGAACAUACAGUCCUUGACUUGACUAAAUGUUGCUAUGCAACAAAACUAAUUUUCUUUUUUUUUUAAAUCACAUGAUAAAAUGUGUAUUACGUCACAGCCGUUUCUUGUAUUUAAGCACUACCAGAACGCUGCAUUGGUCAAUCAUCAUCCAUUAUAUAUCUAUAUCUAUAUCUAUAUCUAUAUAUAUAUAUAUAUAUAUAUAUAUAUAUAUAUAUAUAUUUAAUGGCCUAUACAACAGUAAGUUCUACACUAGUUUAAUUGCGCAAGCAGUAUUUCUAAACACUGUAUCACUAACUUGUUGACAGCUUCUUCUGGAACUAUUUUCUUUGGUAGAGCAACAGCAAUAUCACAUAUAUAAGUGCAUCAAAACCCACAGUGUUGGUGCUGAAGUGAAUUAAUUUCAGCUGUCUGUGUGCUGAAACCUUACUCUGAGCUCCACAUGUCCAGUCAACCACCCAUUCACUGAUGCAUGACGGCCACAGACUGAACUGAUCUCUUCCUUACAGUGGCCGUUCGUUAUGCUUGGACUGUUGAAAUGGACACUACAGGUGCUGAUGUAUUAUAUGUUUACAAUAUUUUGUAGCAAAUGGACUCUGUGCUACAUGGUUUGAUCUCAUGAGAGAAGCAGCUGUAUUUUUGCAUGCUCCGGACAAGCUCCAAAUGAGUGCAACCAAACACAACAAAGAUGUCAUGCAUGUAUGCUUUAUGUCCAAGGCCUUAUUAAUCAACAACUGUAUCGAUUUUAUAUUCAACUAUUCACACAAUGUCUUAUUUUAUGCUCUUUUGGAUUUACGUGUGUGGUGUUGUAAAUGUAAGCGUUUCGCCUGUCACACGUCCUGUACUGCCUUGUGUGUACAUUAAUGUCAUUAAAUCUGUUCAGUUCACUUGUUAAAUUA